UAAACAAAAGUUGCCAUGACUCAAACUGUUGAUGCCAUCAAGGCCAACCCAAGAAUUGCGAAACACGGCACCACGGUGCUGCACGGUCUGGACCGGGCCCUGAAGAACAUGGACGACAUCAAGGGUACCUACGCCGAGCUGAGCGUGCUGCACUCCGAGAAGCUGCACGUCGACCCCGACAACUUCAGACUGCUGGCUGACUGCCUGACCAUCGUCGUCGCUGCCAAAAUGGGAUCCGCCUUCACCGCUGAUGUGCAGGCCGCAUUCCAGAAGUUUCUGUCCGUUGUGGUGUUCGCCCUGGGAAGGCAGUAUCACUAAGCUGCAACAACAUGACACCCAAACGA